AUGUCAGACCAUGACAGCCAUGAAGGUGGGCUCGAUGCCUUCACUGUAAGCGAGGAUCUUGUGCAGUCACCGCAACACAAACAAGCCACAACGAAUGAGUUCGAUUUCGACGGUCUACUCGACGGCGGUCUAAAGCUGCAUGAAGACUUAGCCAGUGGCAAUGGCGGGCAAGCAUGGCCUGCUGGUCGCGUACUUGCCACGUACCUCCUACGCAGGAGGCGGGGUGAUCUAAAGGAUUGUACGAUGCUUGCUAUAGCAUUGGGUUGCAGACCAAGCCAUGUCGUCCACAUCACGGAUCAGGCGCCGAUGCUUCCGCUUAUGCAACGGAACAUCGCCCUCAACAGGCUAGAAGGGAGGGCUGAAGCCACGGUCUAUGACUGGGGUUCUUCUCGGCCGCACCGCGUUCCACUGCAUCCGGACGUUAUACUCGCUGCCGACUGUGUAUACUUCGAACCGGCGUUCCCAUUGUUACGGCAAACUCUGCAAGACUUGAUUGGACCGAACAGUGUCUGCUACUUCUGCUUCAAAAAGAGGCGAAGAGCUGACAUGUCGUUCAUGAAGGCGGUCAGGAAGAUCCUUCAUGUUGAGGAAGUGACAGAUGACCCGGACCGCGACAAUUACUUACGGGAGAGUAUAUUUCUGUAA